AACGUUUUUAAAACCAACCAUGGUUGAGCGGUUGAAGAUUGCAGUCAUGGGAGCUCCCGGUGUGGGAAAGACCUCGAUCGUGCAACGCUUCGUACGGAACUCGUACACGGACGAGUACUCGGCGUCGGUCAAGAGGAAGGUGUACCACACGGCUGUAGUGGUCAACGACCAACUGUACGAACUGACCAUCUUGGACAUCCCGGGUGUUUUACCUCACCUUCGAGCCAACAGCCUACACGACUGGCAGGACUUCCACGACUUCCAGGUCCUGGGUUCGCGGAACGAGCGCGCGUUUAUCCUGGUUUACGACAUCAGCUGCAGGGACAGUUUCGAGUACAUCAAGCUGCUCCGGGAACAGAUCAUAGAGACCCGGCGGACGGCUCUGUCACAGGAGGUGCCGGUCGUCAUCGUGGGGAACAAGCGAGAUCUGGCGGAUCGCCGCGUGGUCCCGCGCCGUGACGUGGCCAGCCUGGUGCGGAAGACGUGGAAGUGCGGCUACAUCGAGUGUUCUGCCAAGUACAACUGGCAUGUCACCUUCCUCUUCAAGGAACUCAUGAAAAACGUCGUCUACGGAGGCAACAAGAACAUCGCCACGUCCGUGCGCCUCAACGGCAACAUGAUGCGGAAUAGAUGCAGGGUGAUGUAGCUGUAGUUCAUGGUCAAUCGCUAGGUGGCAGUAGAGAGCUGCUGCUGUAACCCCAAGGACACCGUGCGUGGCCUCCACUAUGUACUCCAGUCCAGGGCUUGUCACAAGCCGCCAUCUCUUGUCGUUAUGGUAACGUUGAUAAGUGUUCUUUGUAUUCAUGAAUUUCUGAGUAGGUUAUUGACUAUCUAAUUCGAUAUGGAUGGCGAUAUGUAUUUGUCUAUCGUGUUUU